AUGGCUGCUCUACGCUACAGAGUCACUGGGAACCCUCCAAACUACGGUGAUUGUGAUUUAUUUAUUCACCAUGGGGGUCACUUUAUAGAGCAAUGGAAUGGGAACUUGAAGUAUGUUGCUGGGCAUGUGGCUUGGUAUGAUAAUUUAAAUCAAGAUUUGAUGUCAAAAUGGGAUAUUGAGAAUUGUGUUGAGAGUUUAGGGUACAGCAAGACGUCAACAUAUUAUUAUAGAUUACCAAAUGGAGGGGAAUGUAGGGAAUUGAACAAUGACUCUGAUUUUUGGGCUUUAGUGACUAUAUUGCCCCCAAAUAGAGUGGCAAUUGUGUACAUAGUUGAUGACAACUUUGUACCAAAUAUUGAGAGUCAAGUUGCAAUCAAUAAUUGUGUGGAGUCAAGCCUCAGUCAUGAAGAACCAAAAGUUGAUGUAGGUGUAGAAGAUGAGGAUUCUGAAUAUGAAGAUUCUGACUAUGAGCAAAGUGAUGCUGAGGAUGAUAUUCUUUUUGAUGACAUUGUAGAGAAAUGUGUCAAUGAAGGAGGCAAUGUUAAUGUCUCAAGUAGUGCUGCAGCCUUCCCAAAUUUGGAGUUCGGGGAUGUUGAAACAGAGUCUGAAAAUUCAUAUGAAUUUAAGAGUGGUGGUGAAGAAGAUUCUGAGGGUGAAGAAAAUGGUGGUACACGAAAGAGGAAGUUGCCUAACUUCACUCAAUUUAGGAGUGAUAUGGAUAUGAAGAAUCCACAGUUUAGGUUAGGCAUGAUGUUUGCUAAUAGGAAUGAGUUUAAACAGGCAGUAAGAUAUUAUGCUUGUGUUAAUGGAAAAGAUAUUAGAUUCACACUAAGAGAGAGUUUCAAAGUUCAAGCUAAGUGCAAAAAGCCAUGUCCUUGGGUGAUUUAUGCAUCUAAGGUGGAUGAGAGUUCUACUCUUAUGGUAAAGACACUUACUGAUUUGCACACAUGCCCGAGGGCGGAAAAAAUCAAACUAUGCACACCUACUUGGUUGUCACAUAGGUACACUGAAGAGUUGAUUGAUAAUCCUAAAUGGGAAGUGCCAAAAUUCCAAGAAGCUGUGCGUAAACAAUAUAAUUUGAAUAUCACAAAGAACCAAAUAUAUAGAGCAAAAAGUUUGGUGGCUGCUAAGACUGAUGGGACUUAUGAGGAGCAAUAUGGAAGGUUAUGGGAUUAUUGUGAGGAGUUAAAGAGAACAAACCUUGGCAGUACAGUUGUUAUCAAGACAGAGAUGGAAGGUGGAAAACCUAUUUUUCAGAGAAUGUACGUGUGUUUUGCAGCUCUUAAGAAGGGCUUCAUACAGGGUUGUAGGCCAGUUGUGGGGUUAGAUGGAUGCCACAUUAAAGGUCCACAUCCUGGGCAAUUACUUUGUGCUAUUGGGAUAGAUGCCAAUAAUGGCAUGUAUCCAAUAGCGUAUGCCAUUGUUGAAAUAGAAAAUAGGUGCACGUGGACUUGGUUCCUAGAGAUACUCAUCAAUGAUUUGAGGAUUGAUAAUGGGCUUUCUUGGGUCAUUAUGUCAGACAAGCAGAAAGGUCUACUGAGAGCUGUUGAAGACCUUGUCCUAGUGUUGAACACAGGCAUUGUGUUCGACACUUGUAUAAUAAUUUCAAGAAAGGUCACAAUGGAAUGGCACUUAAGCAAAUACUUUGGGAAGCAGCAAGGGCAACCACCAUUCCUGGGUUUAAAGCACAUAUGA